AUGACUCCAACAAUUAGUGUUGAAGACGUUUCCUCCGCAUGUGUGGCAUAUCACAACGCAAAGAGAGGCUUCCAGCUGUCCCCGCGGCUAUCGGAGUUGACAAUUGGAGAUAAAGAACGCGCGUCGCGACGGAUCCAGGCUUUCAUUGAUAAUGGAUGUGAAGACAUAAACGAAGUGGACGAGUGCCGUAACAAGGGAAUCAACGUAUUUGACGGGACGACUGUUAGCUGCGUCGAUGCUGUCCGAGCUUGGUACAACGAAGUUCAUGACUACACGUACGAACGCUACUCCAACUGGCAUUUCAAGAAGACAGGAUCCUUCACUCUGCUGAUGUGGCAUGACACAGAAGAGCUGAGCUGUGUUCAAACAAACGGGUGCAGCCGAAUCGGAAAGCCGGAAAGGCUACUUUGCACUUACUCUCCGUCAGGAAACACUGUAGGAGAGUACCCCUUCAGGCAGUCCGUCCAGCGAAACACCUUCUGUUACAACGACAUCAACCCGAACUGCUACUACCACCAGCACACGCACAACGACGUCGACAAUUCGCACCACAUCAAGCACUUCUACGACGACACGGACUACAACAACGACUACAACAUCAACUACAACCACAACUACAACGACGCGUCCACCUGA